AUGGCGACCACCGCACCAGCAGGAGCAAACACCGCCAACGCGGCUUUCCGGGACAAGGAAAAGCCGCUUGCCGUGCGCUCUUCCAAUAUUGUGGCUGCUCGAGCUGUCGCCGAUGCCAUCAGGACAUCUCUAGGCCCUCGUGGCAUGGACAAGAUGAUUCGAAGCGGCAAGGGCGAAACUAUUAUCACAAAUGACGGCAGCACGAUGCUGAAGAGCAUGUCCGUCAUGCACCCAACGGCCAAGAUGCUGGUCAACCUCUCCAACGCUCAGGAUGUCGAGGCUGGAGACGGUACCACAUCGGUUGUUGUCAUAUGUGGCAGUCUUCUUGGUGCCGCUGACCGACUUCUCUCCAAGGGUAUUCAUCCAUCUGUCAUAUCCGAGUCCUUCCAAAGGGCGGCAGCAGCCUCUGUAGAGGUCCUCCACGAGAUGUCACAACCUAUCGCUCUCACAGACACCGCCGCCCUGCUCCAGGCAGCAAACACAUCCCUCUCCUCUAAGAUCGUAUCGCAAUACUCAGGUCUCCUGGGCCCGAUGGCUGUCAAUGCCGUCACCAAGACCAUUGAUCUCAAGACUGCAGACAAUGUUGACCUGAAAAACAUUCGUAUAAUAAAGAGGGUGGGCGGAACCAUCGAAGACAGCGAGCUGGUUGACGGUGUUGUUUUGACGCAGCCUGUCUUGAAGAACGCCGGUGGUCCUAUCAGGAUGGAGAAGGCAAAGAUUGGCCUGAUUCAGUUCCAGCUGAGCCCUCCCAAGCCGGAUAUGGAAAACACCAUUUCGGUAAACGACUACAGGCAAAUGGAUAAGAUCGUCAAGGAGGAGCGUCUUUACCUGCUCAACCUUGUCAAGAAGAUCAAGAAGGCCAAGUGCAACGUUCUCCUGAUUCAAAAGUCUAUUCUACGUGAUGCGGUCAACGAGUUGUCUCUGCACUUCCUCGCCAAAUUGAAUAUCCUAGCAAUCAAGGACAUUGAGCGAGAUGAGGUUGAGUUUAUUUGCAAGUCUACCGGCUGCAAGCCCAUCGCCGAUAUCGACUCUUUCACCGAGGACAAGUUGGGCACGGCAGACUUGAUCGAGGAGACGCAGUCAUCGGGCAGCCGUUUGGUGAAGAUCACAGGAACCAAGUCGACAGGCAAAACGAUCAGUGUGGUUGUGCGCGGCGCCAACUCGUUGAUCCUCGACGAGGCAGAGAGAUCACUGCACGAUGCAUUGUGCGUUGUGCGAUGCUUGGUCAAGAAGAAGGCUUUAAUUGCAGGUGGCGGCGCGGCGGAGAUAGAGAUUGCGGCCCAGCUAUCACGUCGCGCGCGUGAGCUUACUGGAACCGAGGCCAUCUGUUGGAAGGCCUUUGCGGACGCGCUCGAGGUGGUGCCUACAACACUAGCAGAAAAUGCCGGCCUCAACAGCAUCAAAGUAGUGACAGAUCUGAGGCAUCGUCACGAGAUGGGCGAGAAGAAUGCAGGCGUGAGCAUCAAAUCAGGAGGAGUCAACUCCAACAUUGCCAAGGAGAACGUGCUGCAACCUCUUCUUGUCAGCACAAGCGCUAUUGAGCUCGCUGCGGAGACCGUCAAGAUGAUUCUCCGAAUUGAUGACAUUGCGCUCAGCAGGUAG